GAAGCACUAUUAAUACCUAGCUUAAGCCUGUCAAAGUGGUUCUCUCUCUCUCUCUAUAUAUCUAUUAUUCUCAAAUUAGAGUACUAAACUUAGAAUUGCAUUAGAAUUUCUUAUAUUUGCUUGAAUUCAGGUUUGAAAACCAACAACAGAAGAGAAACUCCGAUAUGAGAAUGAUCCUUUUGGGUUUUAAUUUCUCAUUUGUUCAUACAUUGAUGAUGAUGUUGAGGAAAACUCUCUGAUUACCUUCCAUUGCCAUUGGUGGCCAUCGACCCUCUUCUCAAAAUCUUCCUUUUCUUUUUCAUUCCCAAGAAGUCAAGUACGUACCUAGGAAAAAACAAAAACAUAGUGAGGGAAAGAAAGUGUGAUGGCACCCAAUUCAGUUGCCGUGACAACUGAGAAGUCUAACAAUAAUGACUUCACCUUGUUACAAGUUCAUGAUUCGGAUUCUCCCAUGUUUCCAGAGAAGCAGAAAGCUACUAGUCCCAAGCAAUUUACGUGGUUUCUUCUCCUUAAACUUCACAGAGUUCUGACAUGUUUGUCAUGGUUGACCAAUGGUCUCAGAGCCACCUUUGCUUUGGUCAAGAAGCGCAUUUCAUUGGCUGACAUAAGCGAUGAGGGGCCUAAGAGCAGAGGAAGGUUGUACAGGUUCAUCAAGCUCUUUCUUGCUCUCUCAAUUGGUGGCUUGGCUUUAGAAAUCAUUGCUCAUUUCAACAAAUGGAACUUGCAUAUGAUUCAACCUUGGGAGGUUCAGGGUUUGGUGCAUUGGUCCUAUGUGGCUUGGCUUUCUUUCAGGGAAGACUAUGUUGCUCCUCUAGUCUUGUUGGUUUCUAAGUUCUGCAUUGUGCUCUUCUUGAUUCAGUCCCUUGAUCGCCUUGUUCUCUGCCUUGGGUGCUUCUGGAUCAAGUAUAAGAAGUUGAAGCCAACCAUUGAAGAAGAUGCAUAUGAUGUUGAGGAUCCUUCAAGCUUCCCAAUGGUCCUUGUUCAGAUUCCCAUGUGCAAUGAGAGAGAGGUUUAUGCACAAUCCAUUGGUGCUGCUGCUCAACUUGAUUGGCCAAAAGACAGAAUAUUAAUUCAAGUCCUAGAUGAUUCAGAUGAUGGGAAUCUACAGCUUCUCAUCAAAGAAGAAGUUUCCUCUUGGAAAGAUAAAGGGGUCAACAUUGUGUACAGGCACAGAUUGAUCAGAACUGGGUAUAAAGCUGGAAAUCUUAAGUCAGCCAUGUCAUGUGACUAUGUCAAAGACUAUGAAUUUGUGGCAAUAUUUGAUGCAGAUUUCCAGCCCAAUCCUGAUUUCCUUAAACUAACCAUUCCCCAUUUCAAGGGAAAACCUGACUUGGGUCUAGUUCAGGCUAGAUGGUCAUUUGUGAACAAAGAUGAGAAUCUACUUACAAGGCUCCAGAACAUCAACUUGUGCUUUCACUUUGAGGUGGAACAACAAGUCAAUGGCCAUUUCCUAAAUUUCUUUGGAUUCAAUGGAACAGCAGGUGUUUGGAGGAUAAAGGCUCUGGAGGAAUCAGGAGGGUGGCUAGAGAGGACCACAGUUGAGGACAUGGACAUUGCAGUCAGAGCUCACUUGAAUGGGUGGAAGUUUAUCUUCCUUAAUGAUGUCAAAGUUCUAUGUGAAUUACCAGAGUCUUAUGAAGCUUAUAAGAAACAACAACAUCGAUGGCACUCUGGUCCAAUGCAGCUUUUCCGGCUAUGUCUUCCUGCCAUACUAACUUCCAAGAUAUCAGCUUGGAAGAAGGCUAAUUUGAUAUUUUUGUUCUUCCUAUUGAGGAAACUUAUACUUCCCUUCUACUCAUUCACCUUGUUUUGCAUCAUUCUACCCUUGACUAUGUUCAUACCUGAGUCUGAACUACCCCUUUGGGUGAUAUGUUAUGUCCCUAUUUUCAUGUCUUUCUUGAACAUCCUUCCAUCCCCAAAAUCUGUCCCUUUUCUGGUUCCUUAUCUUCUCUUUGAGAACACCAUGUCAGUGACAAAGUUCAACGCCAUGAUUUCUGGAUUGUUUCAACUAGGAAGUGCUUAUGAGUGGGUUGUGACAAAGAAGACUGGUAGGUCCUCUGAGUCAGAUUUGUUAGCCUUGGCUGAAAGAGAAUCAAAGUCUUCAAAUGAAGAGAAAAUUCUCAGAAGGCACUCAGAGUCUGGCUUGGAACAAUUAAGCAAGCUUAAGGAAUCAGAAUUACCUUCCAAGAGGAAAAGAAACAAGCUCUAUAGGAAGGAGCUUGCACUUGCAUUUCUUUUGCUCACAGCAUCUGCAAGAAGUCUUCUAUCAGCACAUGGUGUUCAUUUCUAUUUUUUGCUCUUCCAAGGAUUGGCAUUUCUAGUAAUGGGUUUGGACUUAAUUGGUGAGCAAGUGAGCUGAAAUAAAGGCAUGGAAAUUGUUUUAAACACCAACACAUGGUUUAGUCCAUACUUCAGUUGAAGUUCAUCAAGAUACAACUGUAAGACUAUACAUCAGCGGCCAAGAAAUGAGAUAUAGAGUAACGUUGAUUGUCCAAUCAUAAAAUAUAAAGAAUAAUGAGCAUCGAGGAUCAUAGAUAAAAAAUGUAAUUUUUUUUUUCCUAUUACAUUUUUGUGUAGACUUUCUCAGAGAGUGAUGGUUUAUUGGCUUUUUGUGGAUUUUCACUUAUGUAAUUGUAAAGCUUUAGGACUAAGAAAACUAUUGUUGGAACAUAACUGUAUUUACUUCAUCGAAGAAUAGCUUGUGAAAUGAGUAACUUUUUCUCUC